GAGUUGGCCCAUCGGUUGGGAGCCUUCAGAAAGGACAGCUUGCUUCCUCUGCCUCAUUGUGAGGAAGACCAGGCAGACGUCCACCUGAGGGACAGAGGAGGAGGGCUGGGGCAGAAGAAAUGGGAGGAAGUGGCUCAGUCCUGGCCAGACUCGCAGGCUGUGAGGUAUGAGUGGCGUAUGAGAGCUGGCAGCCCCACUUGCAGCCACCAGCACUGAGGCAGGGGCGGGCUUGCAGGGGCUGGAGGGUCCAGGUCUGGAGAAUGAGGCGCAAGUGACCAGUGCAGUCUCAGGCCUCCCUGCCAGUGGACCUCCCACACCCGCUGGCGCCUCUGUGAGGCGGCCCCCCUUCCCUUCCCUCCCUUCCUAUACGUCUGAGGGUCUCAGCUGUACCGGCACAGAAUAGGAGAGGUUUACCUGCCAACAGUUCAGGUGCAGGGAAGGGGCUUCCUAGCGCCAGUGAGGAGGGAUAUCUGUGUUGGGAAAAUCCUUGCUCUGAGACUGUCGAGAGCAUGCUGUGGGAGGGAGGUGUGCAGAGAGGGCCUGGUGUCUUAGCGGCAUGUCUUAGGGACAGGGAAUAAGAGCUUGGUCUUGGAGUCAGACGGACCUAAAUUCAAGCCCUGGCUCUGCAACGUAGUUACUGUGUGACCACUGGCAAUUUUUUCAGCCUUUUAGAGCUUGUCUAGCUCACCUGUAAAAUGGAGGUUAAAAUAACACUGCUUCAAGCUUUGGCUUCAUGCUGCUUUAUAAAGCUGUUGUGGGAACUAAACGUGCACAGAGUACUUAGGAUCUGCCUGGCACAGGUGCACUGUUGUUGCUGUUAUUAUUAUUACAACUACUAGCUGUUACUACUACUGCUACAUACCCUACUACAUACCCUGCUGCCUUGGUGUGUCCCCUCCCCUCCUACCUCCCAGGCCUCUUCCACUCUCCCCCGCCCCCCCACAACAGCCCAGAUAAUGACCUUUCUUCUUCGAGGGUCCCAGGUCCGGUGUCUGUGCUCUUAGCAUUGUUAGCAGCCUUCCAAUGGGGAUGACAGGGAGGCCUCUGCAGAAGCUUCAGCCUCCCCAGAACUGGCCCCCUUGAUUUCUUCUAAACAAGUCCCUGGCCCAGCUUUGGACGCUUACUGUGGUGUCAGGAGUGAAGGCCCCCCUCGAUGUGUACGGUGGGAGGUGGGAGGCAGAGCAGGCCUGACCAAGCAGCUGCAGGCGAGCCAGCGUGGACUGGGGCAGGAGCAGCCCUGCCUUGGAUCCCCUUUCACAGACUCCACCCCCAUCUCCCCAGCUCCAAGUGUGCAGUCGCCCUCCCCUAGGCGCUGAGCGGCCAUCCCCACGCCUGGUACCCUCCAUCAGGCAUGCACGCGCACGUGCACUCAGGCCCAUCUGCCACGUGUGCCUUCCCUUCCUCCAAGCCCCAAGCCUGUGCUGUGGCUCACCAGGCAACAGGGCUGCGAUGGGGGGGGGUGCCUGUACUGCUGGGGGAGGGGAGGCUCCCAGUUCCCUGGAGGCACGUGGACCUGCCAACUCCCCCCCACCCCCCCCACCCCCCAGCACGUUCUUCCUUCCUCUGUCUUGCUUCUGCAGACACACACGUACUUGUAGUUCGUUCAUUCUGAUUGGAGAGGCAGAGCCGGACUCCUGUAGCCGGGACGGCCCCACCCUGCAGCUUCACGAUGGCGCCCAGGGUUGUUUUCAGUCUGGGGGCUGCCUUUUGGGUCUCUGCUUUGUAUUGGGUUGGCUGUCAGGGAAUGAGAGUUUAAAAGCAAGAGAAAGGGGUUUGUUCAGAAGGCGGUUGCUGUGGCCUCAGCACUCGCUGCUUGUCCGAAUCCUCUCCCGGUGGCGGGGCCUGGGUGACUUGGAUGCCCUCCUAGUCUCCCCCUCCCCCAGCUUCCAUAUGCGAGACAAAGGGGGUGCGAGCACCGGAGAGUCGCUCUCACUCACAGCAGGGCCGGGAGCUGAGGAAGGAAAUGGAGGAGGAAGUUCCUCCCCUUCUGGCUGCUGGGUGAAAGUGAAAGGCAGCAGGGGGUUGGAGUGAGUCACGGCCGCCGCGGGAGGGGAAGGGCUGGGGAGCUGCGGAAGCGUGCGGAGAAGCGAUAGCACGGCCGCCUCCCUGGGGCCAGGGGCAUCGCCGGGUGUAGCCAGGGCUUCAUACCAGAGCCUGCCCGGCAUGCCCAGCCAACCCUCCUCUGCGCCUCUCGGCUGGUUUCCUGGGAACUCCCGGGGCUGCUAACGAUGACCUGGGGCAUCUAGGUUCUGACGUCUGAGGUCAGCCUGGACCUUCAGAUUUAUUUGCGGGGGCUUCCUGAGCUCCCCUCCUCUGCUAGACGAACUGGCUCAGGUUCAGAAUCUUAGCAUGGGGAAGAGAUGGGCCAUGUAGCUCCCACCCUCACCAACUUCCCAGGGAGGCAAACAAAACAAAAGACAAAACCAACCCUCUCUGAAGAAAGAAAAAGUCUUUGAAAAUACACGCAAGGUAUAGGUGCUCCAGGGCCCUGUGGAGCACCAUGAACUGGGAAGAGUAGAGGAGCCUGAGAGCCUCUCUGCCAAAAGGAAGGAAGUGCCAGCAAUUCUUUCUCCCCGUGCCUGACCGCAUCAUCCAGCGUUUCCUCUGCCCCCUCUGGCUGCUGGACUAGGGCCAAGCUUCCAGCAGGACCAUCCCCCAGGGGAUGGGCAACUGGUGAAGUAGGUCUCACUGCUGGGGCCCAGUUGGCCACACCAUGAACCUCCAGGCCCAGCCCAAGGCUCAGAACAAGCGGAAGCGUUGCCUCUUUGGGGACCAGGAAUCAGCUCCCAAGGAGCAGCUCCAACCCCUGCAAGCACCACAGCAACCCCCGGCCCCUCCACCGUCCAGAGUGAAGGAGGAGCCUUACUUUGCGCACGAGGGUCCGGCAGGGGCUGCCCCCGCCUCCCAGCCUGUGGAACUGCCCCCUUCCAACAGCCUGGCCCUGCUGAACUCCGUGGUGUAUGGGUCUGAGCGCACCAUGUUGUCUCAGCAGGUGGGCUCGGUCAAGUGGCCCAACUCUGUGAUGGCUCCAGGGCGGGGCCCGGAGCGUGGAGGGGUUGGGAGUGUCGGUGACAGCGGCUGGCAGCAGCAGCCGGGCCAGCCUCCUCCCCACUCGACGUGGAAUCGCCACACCCUGCCCCUUUACAGUGGACCCAAGGGAAGCCCUCAUCCUGGCAUGGGGGUCUCCACCUACUAUAACCACCCUGAGCCACUGAAGCGGGAGAAGGCCGGGGGGCCACAGCUGGACCGCUUUGGGAACGCUGUGCGGCCAGUGAUGCCUCAGAAGGUGCAGCUGGAGGUUGGGCGGCCCCAGGCACCCCUGAACUCUUUCCACGUGGCCAAGAAGCCGCCGAACCAGACGCUGCCCCUGCAGCCCUUCCAGCUGGCGUUCGGCCACCAGGUGAACCGGCAGGUCUUCCGGCAGGGCCCAUCGCCGCCCAACCCCGUCGCCGCCUUCCCACCGCAGAAGCAGCAGCAGCAGCAGCAAGCGGCCCUGCCCCAGAUGCAGCUCUUUGAGAACUUCUACCCCAUGCAGCAGCCACCCUCUCAGCAGCCCCAGGACUUUGGCCUGCAGCCAGCCGGGCCGCUGAGUCAAUCCCACCUGGCUCACCACAGCCUGGCACCCUACCCCUUCCCCCCAAACCCUGACAUGAACCCAGAACUGCGCAAGGCCCUCCUGCAGGAGUCAGCCCCGCAGCCUGUGCUACCUCAGGCCCAGAUCGCCUUUCCCCGCCGUUCCCGCCGCCUCUCUAAGGAGGGCGUCCUGCCUUCCACCACCCUGGAUGGGGCUGGCACCCAACCUGGGCAGGAUCCCACCAGCAACCUGUUCCUGCACCACUGGCCCCUGCAGCAGCCGCCACCUGGCCCCCUGGGGCAGCCCCAUCCUGAAGCUCUGGGAUUCCCGCUGGAGCUGAGGGAGUCGCAGUUGCUGUCGGAUGGGGAGAGACUGGCGCCCAACGGCCGGGAGCGGGAGGCUUCCGCCAUGGGCAGCGAGGAGGGCACGCGGGCUGUGGGCACAGGGGACUGUGGGCAGGUGCUACGGGGUGGGGUGAUCCAGAGCACUCGACGGAGGCGCCGGGCAUCCCAGGAGGCCAAUUUGCUGACCCUGGCCCAGAAGGCAGUGGAGCUGGCCUCACUGCAGAACACAAAGGAUGCCAGUGGCUCUGAGGAGAAGCGGAAAAGUGUAUUGGCUUCAACUACCAAGUGUGGGGUGGAGUUUUCUGAGCCUUCCUUAGCUGCCAAGCGAGCACGAGAGGACAGCGGGAUGGUACCCCUCAUCAUCCCAGUGUCUGUGCCUGUGCGGGCUGUGGACCCAACUGAGGCAGCCCAAGCUGGAGGUGUUGACGAGGAUGGAAAGGGUCCUGAACAGAACCCCACUGAACACAAGCCGUCGGUCAUCGUCACCCGCAGGCGGUCCACCCGUAUCCCCGGGACUGAUGCCCCAGCACAGGCUGAGGACAUGAACGUCAAGUUGGAGGGGGAACCUUCAGUGCGGAAACCAAAGCAGCGGCCGAGGCCUGAGCCUCUGAUCAUCCCCACGAAGGCGGGCACUUUCAUCGCCCCUCCCGUCUACUCCAACAUCACCCCGUACCAGAGCCACCUGCGCUCCCCUGUCCGCCUAGCUGACCACCCCUCCGAACGGAGCUUUGAGCUGCCCCCCUAUACACCACCCCCGAUCCUCAGCCCCGUGCGGGAAGGCUCCGGACUCUAUUUCAAUGCCAUCAUGUCGACCAGCAGCAUGCCAGCCCCUCCUCCCAUCACGCCAAAGAGUGCCCAUCGCACCCUGCUCCGGUCUAAUAGCGCUGAAGUCACCCCGCCUGUCCUCUCUGUGAUGGGGGAGGCCACCCCAGUGAGCAUCGAGCCACGGAUCAAUGUGGGCUCCCGGUUUCAAGCAGAAAUCCCCUCGAUGAGGGACCGCGCCCUGGCAGCCGCAGACUCCCACAAGGCCGACUUGGUGUGGCAGCCAUGGGAGGACCUAGAGAGCAGCCGGGAGAAGCAGAGGCAAGUGGAAGACCUGCUGACAGCUGCCUGCUCCAGCAUUUUCCCUGGAGCUGGCACCAACCAGGAGCUGGCCCUGCACUGUCUGCACGAGUCCAGGGGAGACAUCCUGGAAACGCUGAAUAAGCUGCUACUGAAGAAGCCCCUGCGGUUCCACAACCACCCAUUGGCAACUUAUCACUACACAGGCUCCGACCAGUGGAAGAUGGCUGAGAGGAAGCUGUUCAACAAGGGCAUUGCCAUUUACAAGAAGGAUUUCUUCUUGGUGCAGAAGCUGAUCCAAACCAAGACCGUGGCCCAGUGCGUGGAGUUCUACUACACCUACAAGAAGCAGGUGAAGAUUGGCCGCAAUGGGACGCUAACCUUCGGGGAUGUGGAUACAAGUGAUGAAAAGUCGGCCCAGGAAGAGGUUGAAGUGGAUAUUAAGACUUCCCAGAAGUUCCCAAGGGUGCCUCCUCCCAGAAGAGAGUCCCCAAGUGAAGAGAGGCUAGAGCCUAAGAAGGAAGUAAAGGAGACCAGAAAGGAGGAGGAGGAAGAGAUGCCAGAAGCCCAGGAGAAGGGGGAGCAGGAAGAGGGGCGAGAGCGAAGCCGGCGGGCAGCGGCUGUCAAAGCCACGCAGACACUACAGGCCAAUGAGUCGCUCUCCUUGUUUGACCCUCUCCAGGCCAAUGACAUCCUCAUCCUCCGAAGCCACGAAUCCAAUGCCCCUGGAUCUGCGUGUGGCCAGGCCUCAGAGAAGCCAAGGGAGGGGCCAGGGAAGUCACGUAGGGCACUUCCUUUUUCGGAGAAGAAGAAAAAACCAGAGCCAUUUAAUAAGAGCCAGAAUCAGGAGAACACUUUUCCGUGUAAAAAAUGUGGCAGGGUGUUUUACAAGGUGAAGAGCCGCAGCGCUCACAUGAAGAGCCACGCCGAGCAGGAGAAGAAGGCGGCCGCUCUGAGGCAGAAGGAGAAAGAGGCCGCGGCCGCUGCGGCCACUGCGGCCGCCUCCCCCCACCAGCCGGCCCUGAGGGAGGAGAGCAGCGCGGGCGAGAGGGGCUGACGCCCGGGGCUCCAGGCCGUGCUCCAGCCUGAGACGCUCUGCCAGCACUGGAACCUCCGGAGGGAGAGAUCACGUGGACUUGUCUCUGCAAAACGGAUACAAUUAAAUAAACGGCUCUUUUACUUAUACAGGGCCCAGGAGCAGUGUUAAGGGCUGCAGGAUCCAGUUCUCUUGCAUUUGGUCUGUCGGAAGUUUCCCUCCUGCUUUCCUGGGACUGGGAGAGUCCCUGCUCGCUGGGGCUGCCCCUGGGGAGGGGCUCCAGCGCUGCCGCAGCUGCCUCUCACAUGGACCUCUGCCGCCACGCCACGAGGUCGCUUCUCUCCCUCUUUGUUUCCCUUGCUCCCUUAGGUCACCAUGGAGAGACAAGCACAAGCACAAGCACACCCCCUUGGCAGCAUUAAUCCCCCGCCCCAGGGGACCUGUACAGGCCCUGCCCCAAGCCCCGGAAAGAGGGACUCCGUGGGAAGGAGUGUGGUGGCCAUCUCCGAGAGGGAGCUCAGCCUGGCAUUUGUGCUGUCUCCCACGCGGCAGUGUCCAGGCCAUGCUGCUCCAGUGACUAUGUCCUCAGAGAGGCCGCGUCCUCCGUGGGAGGGAGGCUGCCAGAACGGGUGCAGGGAGAGAGACCAGGACUGGUACCUAUCCCUUUGCUGCUCGCUAGCAGCCUGCUGGGGCUGGAAAGUUUUCUCAGAUGUUUGGGGAAGGAGCCAAUGUUCUUUGCAAGCUCUCAGCCUGCUGGAGGGAAGGAAACUGUGCAGAGGAAGGAAGCUGCAGGGCUGCUACAGGGCUAGGCCUGAGGGAGCUUUUGAUAAGCCUUGGCUUUUCCUGCUUCCCACCUUUUUGCCAAAUACCUUUGGGCCCUGGAGGCUGCUAAGGGAGCUUAGCCUAGGCCCAGCCUGCUCCUCCUUGGUGCAAGUUUCCUGCCUGCCUCUGUCCUGCCCUUGGCAGCUGCCACCUAACCCCACCCCACCUGGUCUAGUGCUGAUAUCCACAGCUCAGCCCUCAGUCCUGCAUGCUGGAGAUUUCUGGAUCCUUCCCUGGGAGGGGGAGGUCUCCUAGCCAGAUGGGACAGGAGCCUUCAUUCCUUGACUUGUGUCAUUUGGGAGCUAUUUAUUUAUUCUUAAUAUUUAAUUUUUAACAUCCUCUCAGGGACCAGGGGCUUCCUCCUUUCCAGAGGCCCAAGUGCAUUUAUCCCAAAACAAGGCACCUUCUUGGCACCACCCUCCCCCCCACAUUUCCAAGACCCUAAAGUCCCUCGUUUUGCCAAUAGGAAUGAUAGUAGCACUGAAAGAGGGUGGAAAGGUGGAAGAUGUCACAAAGACACACGGAGACUAGCAGGAUCAAGGGAGAUCAAAGGCAGUUCUUGUUGCUACGUCUUCUUUGGCUGUACUUUCAAGUAGCUUGAGGGGAUUGGCUGGAAGCCAGAUUCUGGUUUUGUUUCUGGCUUGAAGAAGCCAUAUUUGGUGUGGAGUCACUGAAGUGGAAGGGCUGGAAGAUUCUGGAGGUCCCUUCACUUGCCAGUCCCGUAGGAGGGCUGAGUUAUUUUUCUGAUCUUGCUAUUCAACUUUAGUUGUGUAAAAGAAGUUCUAAGUGAAUCCAUGUUAGGAAGGAGCCAAAAAGUAUUCAUUCUGCUACUCUUCUGAGAUGGCCUAAAGGCGUCACAUUGGGAGUGGGGAGGGAGUUUUGUUUCUAAACUAUGCACUAUCAGGUAUGUAUUAGCAUUCAUUUAUGCAUUAAUAUGGUUAUACAUGAGCCCAGCUAUGGGAGUUAACAAAAUUCUCCCCCCUCCCCAACUUCUGAUGGCUACCUAGACCUCUAACUUCCCAGUUAGUUUCUUCCAUAGGCUUUUACAAGCUCAACGGCCCAAGACUGCAAAAAUCUGGUAUACCCUCCAAAAACAGGAGGGUAGCAAAUUUAGGCUCUCUUCUAAAUCACAUAUGUAAUAUGAGUGCCUUCGCAGCUUUGCCCCAAAGUGCUACUUAAGUUUCCCAAGGUUUU